AUGUCGACGCAAAAGGUAGUGGCAGAAGCGCUUGGAGGCUCGGCGGGUUCUUGCCCCUACAAGAUAGACAAAGUCCUCGUGGAGAGUACAUGGCGUCCGAAUAUCUACAUCGUCGACCGCUAUACUUCCGCAAGAGGUCGAAUUUUCCUGACAGGAGAUGCUGCCCAUCAGAGCAUUCCGACGGGAGGAGACAGCAUGAACACGGCGGUUGGUGACAGCUUCGCCAUUGGAGGGAAGUUGGCUGCGGUCACCCACGGAUUUGGUGGGAGAACUCUCCUGGAUUCUUACGAAUAUGGGCCACGACCGGUGGCUGUUCGCAAUAUCAAGCGCUCUGGAGUUCACUUUUCAGUGCAUCGGCAAUACAUUGAGUGGAUACCGAAUAAGGUCAAGCACUACGACGCGAAAUCGAUCAAUUCCUCAGCGAACACGCCGGUGAGAACAAAGAACACGGCAUCGAAGUAG